UUGACUUAUUGUGUCUCAACAUUUAGUUGGUCCUCGUGGCGAUGCAGGGGACUUUGAUCUGGUCUACCUGUGAUGUGUGCCAGUCAAAUGGGGCAGCUUGCAUAAAUCAGACAUCGUACAAUCUUUGCUUUGGCGGCAGCAGUCCCAAUACCGCAGAGACCUUCACAUGCACUGAAGGCCUGGUCUGCACAGAUCAGCCCAUUAUUUGCUUCCAGCGCAGCGAGACUCCUGCCAGUUGCGGCGACACGGAUAGCUGUGGCCAGUGUGCCCCCAACUACACUUUUGCAUGCACCUCCCGUUCCACGUUCGCCUUCUGCUUCGGCGCCACCAAACCUACAAAUGUUACCGGGAGCUGCCCUACAGACUACUUCUGCGAUGCCUCUACCCAAGAGAUAUGCGUGAAGAAGGCCACAGAUGAUUCGAUCAUAUGCCAUUUGGACAAACCCAUCGUACUCUUGUAAAUAAUUGAACGUAGAUAGAUACACGCAAAUUAGGA